AUGCCCACAGAGCUGCCCGGCGAGCCGCGAGGCACCAUGCAGCUGGCUGGGGAGGGCGGACGGACCGUCGCGCGGUAUAUCGUCAAGCCCAAGGAGGGCGUCAAGGACGACAAGGCUGCUCUGGUGAUCCUGUACGACCUUAUGGGCUUCAAGACUACCAACCCCAAGAUCAUCGCUGAUCAAUAUGCCGACCAACUCGGCAUCACAGUCAUCGUUCCGGACUAUAUCCCUGACGCGCCGGAGCCUAUGCUACUCACCGGUAUCAUGGAUACUUUCCCAGGGGAGAACGCGGAGAAAUCUUGGUUUGCCACGAUCAAAGACUACCUCUAUGUCUUCUCCAAGUUGAUUUGGAAGCUCCCAGGUUUCACACUGGCGAAGCUGGUCCCUAUCUGCUCCAAGGCGAUCCAAGAGCUCCGCAGCGAGGGGUACGAGCGGGUCGGCGGUAUCGGGUACUGCCGAGGCGGCUCCAUGGUCAUCUCCCUCCUCUCCGAAGGCGACGCCUCCCUCCUCGACUGCGGUAUCCCCUGCCACGCCGCACCCGAUCCCGCCGCCUACCCUAAGAUCACCAAACCCUCCCAGUGGCACUUUGCGAGCCACGAUCCCUUAUUCAAGCCCAAGCAGAUCGCAGAGGUGCGCCAAAAGAUGGAGGGAAGGGGUGUGGUGUUUGAGCAGACCGUGCAUGAGCAGACGUCGCACGGGUUCGCGGCGAGGCCGAAUCUGAACAAUGAGGCGAGCAAGAAGGCGUUUGAGGAGGCAAAUGCGGCGGCAGUCAAGUUUCUGAGGACUCACUUGAAGUUAGGAGAGUGA